AUGCCGGAUUUUCGGGUCGCCGUAAGCUUCGCCAAACCGUCUCGCGGCACUGCAAAUGGCUCUACACUAGACAACGAGACGCCAGAGGCGUCCGAGACGUCUCCCCUGCUCUCGUCCGGCACCGAGCAGGGGCCCGUGACUGAAUCCUCGCCGUUAUUGUCCGAUGACAACCACCAUCAAGAGCACGAAGAAGAGGAGAGAGACAGCCCGAACAGAUCGCCGUCCAAGUCAGAAAGCCGUUUACGAUGGCCCUCGAUAAUUGCCAUUGCCAUCCUGGCCGCCCUCACCAUUGUGGUCAUGGUCCUUGGCUUCCUUGUACCACCUGCUGUCAAGUCGUACGCCGAGAACGCCGCCGUCCUUGAGCCAACCGGAUUGGCUCUCGAAUCUCUCACUCCGGAUGGCAUCCGCGCGCGAAUCCAAGCCAGUUUCAAGCUUGAUGGCUCGCGAGUCAAGGACGGUACUGCAAGACGCCUCGGCAGGCUAGCUACCAGCAUUGUGAGGAAGAUUGAUACGGAAGAGACGAGCGUUCGCGUGCAUCUGCCAAACUACGACAACGCUCUCCUGGGGUCUGCGGUUGUGCCCCCAUUGAGCAUCACUCUGGUCGACGGGAAGACUACUGUGCUGGAUUUUGUCGCUGAUCUCAGCCCUGGAGAUGCUGAGAGCUUACGUCAGAUUGCCAACGACUGGCUAGAUGGCAAGCUUCAGCAAGUCAAGGUGACCGGCUUUGCCUCGCUUCGUCUCAAGACUGGCAUCCUGCCUCUUGGGACCCACGAGAUUGUCGAGUCGAUGGUCUUUGAAGCCAAACAAAUUCCUUCUCUGCCCGAGUACAAGAUUGACCGCCUCAACAUCCACGAUGUGCCCGCUGGUGAUGGUGGACGGAUGGCCGUUGGUGCGAAUGCUUCCAUCAUCGCAUACAACGACCAUCCAAUUGGCCUCACCGUUCCGCAACUUGCCUUUGAUAUCCUCGUGCCCAACUGUGACCCGUCCGAGUCCUAUAUCAUGGUGGCCACUGCCGUCACUCAGCCAAUUGAUGUGGAGCCGCAUGCUAAUGUCACCGUUGAUGCCGUCGGUCUCAUCAACGAUAUCCCCGAGAAGCUUACUCGUGCCUGUCCCCUGACCAAGAUGUCACCUCUGGACAACUUCUUCAAGCGUUACAUGCAUGGUGAAGAUGCCCAGGUUUUCGUUCGGGGUCAGAACUCAGACAAGUCGGAUGUCCCAGAGUGGCUCCGAUCCUUCUUCAGCAGUGUCACUGUGCCGAUCAGCUUCCCAGGGCGGUCGUUCGACGAUGCUAUUCGAAAUCUGUCUCUUACAGAUGUCGACUUCAAGCUUCCGAGCCCCUUUGCGGACCCUAACGACCCGAGCUCAAAGCCCCGAGUGUCUGGAACGAUUGAGAUUAUUGCUGAGCUUCCUUCUGAACUGAACGUGGAUAUUGGCGUCAACAAUCUCCGAGCCACCGGUGACAUUUUCUAUGAGGGCAAGAAAUUUGGAGAGCUCAACGUGGAGCGCUGGCAAAAGGCCAAGUCGAGCAAAACAACGGAUCCAGAAGACGAAAAAGCGCUGCUCCAAAUUACGUCUCGGAUCGCCAAUGUUCCUCUCGACAUCACCGAUAGUGACGUCUUCAGCGACGUGAUGGGAGAGCUUCUGCUCGGUGACGAGGACAUUCUCCUCGACGUUGAGGCUCUUGUCGACACCAAAGUCUCGACUGUGCUCGGAGACCUGGUUCUCAGAGAUGUUCCUGCAAAGGGCAAGAUUCCAGUAAAACAGCUUCCUGGUAAAACGCUUACGAAACUAAAUCCCCGUGUCUCCAACUUGGUCAUUCUCAACACAACGAAGCAUGCUGUUCACAUGCAAGCGUCUGUCAACAUAACGAACCCUACGCCUUAUACGGCCUCUAUCCCUCUGGCAAAUGUCCACGUUUACCACGGGGAGCUGCUGAUCGGGGAGGUUACAGUCGAGGAUCUGGACGUGCAGCUGGGGAACAACACGGAUCUGGUCAUCUUCGCCACCUUGGACCCAACAUCUUUGGGUGGAGAAGAGAGCCACAAAGCUGCCGUGCAACUACUCUCCGACUACGUUUCUGGCAAGAACACAACACUCACAUUUAGGACCCAUGAAGGCAGCUUCCCUCAAGUGCCCAUCAUUGGCGAUGCUCUCUCCAAGUUCAACGUUUCACUGCCAACGCCCCGGCUCAAGCUACCGGGCGACGAGAGCGGCAGGGACCAGGGCAAGAACUUUGUGAGGGACGCAAUCUUCCACGUUUUCUCCUCCACUGCCACCUUCAGCCUCGCAUCCCCGCUCAAGCACAACAUUAUACAUAUCGAAAAGAUUAACGCUACGGCGUUCUACAACCAUACAGAACCUGUCGGCCACAUCCUCUACGAUGAGCCGUUCGACGCGCUUCCAGGGGUGACGGAGACUCCGCGUCUGCCCGUCACUUGGUCGACCGAUAGCAUCGGCUACGACAAGCUGAUUGACGCAAUGGACGGCUCGUUGAAGCUGGAUGCCAAGGCAGAGGCAACACUCAGGAUAGGAAAUUGGAUAGAGACUAUUCAUUACGAAGGACGAGGUAUUGGAGCUAGGGUCAGGAUAUAG